AUGUUUUAUGGCGUGGACAAUUCUAUAACGUGGAAAAUCAACACAAGUAUUCUGCUCGGACCUGACGAAUAUGGAUUGCAUGGUUGCCCCCCACACUGCGGAUGCCCCGAAAACCCAUCAGAUUGCCCUCGGUGGUAUUCACUCGACAGUGUCAAAGAAAGUGCUGUGGCCAGCGAUCUUUAUGUGUUGGAUAAUCAGCGAAAGAAGCUUGAACAUGCACGUCGCAGAGCCAAAACCCUAUGUGAAGUGAAUGAAGGUGUGGUUGGGCUGACUGGAGGCUGGUGUCUAAAACCUCAGAAUAAUGGAAAAUCUAUCGAAUUUCCAAACGGAGUGGCCUACGAGUUGGCCCAAUUUCACACGAAACCAAGUACAAGAAUUGUCAAAGAACUUGUGAAUCUUUUCUUAGCAGAGAAUGUGACAACAGUAAAUGAUUUCGGGGCUGGUAUUGCACAAUACAAAGCCGCAAUAACAAGAGCCCUGCCUCUCAUUCAUUACGACGCAUAUGACGGAGCAGGGAAUGGUGAAGAAUACACAAAAGGAAUGAUGUCAUUUGUCGAUUUGACACUGGCCCUAGACUUGCCAGUUGCCGAAUGGAUGAUCAGCUUGGAAGUGGGAGAGCAUAUUCCUAGCAAAUAUGAAGGAAUGUUCAUUCGCAAUUUGCACCGACACAACAAAAAAGGCGUUGUCCUGAGUUGGGCUGUCUUGGGACAGGGUGGGCAUUCACAUGUCAAUAAUCAUUCGAACGAAUAUGUCAUCCAGCUUUUUGAGGGCUUGGGAUACACUUAUGAUGACGGACUCACUAAGAAAUUGAGAUUGCCCACACAAAAUCGUCAAUGGUUCACUAACUCGGUUUUUGUCUUUCGUAGGACUGGUUUUGAAAUGUAA